GCAAGGAACCCAGAGCGCCUCAUAGGGGGGUGCAUAUCGCUGCUGUAUCCUCUGCUUGGCGCUGUCUAGCUCCUUUCCAACCCACUCCAGUUCCUCACCUAUAGCCCAUGCUUGGGCUCCCUCCUCCCCACUGGAUCCGUACCCUUCGACAUGGAUGUCCCGCCGUCCCGCGACCCCGAGGAUUGCUGUUUCUUGGCGCAGUGAAGAAGGAAGAGGAGAACGGGAAGGGGAAGGAAUCAUGCCGGGACUGCUAAUGGAUUUAGGGAAAGCGCAAGUGACCAUGCCGUGAUCUUGCGCAUCCAGGGCCGCCGUUACCCUGCCUUGCCCAACAACCGUAGAAGAAUUACGAGGGAAUCGAACCCGCGCACCGAGGGGAAUAACCACUGUGCAUUUUUUUAAAACAACAUGAAGAUUACCUCCCAUCAUCUGAUGAUAACCAGUCUUGCUUUCAGGUCCAACCUCAGGCUGAUCCCGCUUCUGCUGCUGUUUCUUGGUUACUCUCGCGGGAUGCCACACGUUUUAAGAUUUGGAGGAAUAUUUGAAUCCAUUGAGAGCGGCCCCUCGGGAGCAGAGGAACUAGCCUUUAAAUUUGCCUUGAACACAAUCAACAGGAACCGCACAUUGCUCCCCAACACCACGCUGACCUAUGACAUCCAGAGAAUAAACAUCUUUGACAGCUUUGAGGCUUCCCGGAAAGCAUGUGACCAGCUUUCCUUAGGUGUGGCGGCCAUUUUUGGCCCCUCACACAGCUCGUCAGCUAAUGCGGUCCAGUCCAUCUGCAAUGCUUUGGGAGUGCCCCACAUCCAGACCAAGUGGAAGCAUCAGGUGUCAGACAACAGGGACUCGUACUAUGUCAGCCUAUACCCUGACUUCUCCUCCCUUAGCAGAGCCAUUCUCGACCUGGUGCACUUCUUCAAGUGGAGAACAGUCACCGUGGUCUAUGACGACAGCACAGGUACAGGUCUCAUUCGACUGCAGGAGCUGAUCAAGGCACCUUCACGAUACAACAUUCGUUUGAAGAUCCGACAGCUGCCCACAGAGACCAAGGACGCCAAGCCACUUCUGAAGGAGAUGAAGAAGGCAAAGGAGUUCCAUGUCAUAUUUGAUUGUGGACAUGAGAUGGCUGCCUGGAUCCUGAAACAGGCCCUGGCAAUGGGUAUGAUGACGGAGUACUAUCAUUAUAUAUUUACAACCCUGGACCUUUUCGCCCUUGACAUGGAACCAUAUCGCUACAGUGGAGUCAACAUGACCGGUUUCCGCAUACUCAACACAGAAAACUCUCAGGUGUCGUCGAUCAUCGAGAAGUGGUCAAUGGAGAGAUUACAAGCCCCACCCAAGCCAGACUCGGGCCUGCUGGAUGGAUUCAUGACGACCGAUGCAGCCCUGAUGUAUGAUGCCGUGCAUGUGGUGGCGGUGGCAGUGCAGCAGUCGCAGCAGAUCACUGUGAGCUCUCUGCAGUGUAAUCGCCACAAGCCGUGGCGCUUUGGAGGGCGUUUCAUCAACCUUAUCAAAGAGGCACACUGGGAUGGUUUGACAGGACGUGUCCUUUUUAACAAGACCAAUGGACUGAGAACUGAUUUUGACCUAGAUGUCAUCAGUCUGAAGGAGGAGGGGCUGGAAAAGAUUGGAACAUGGGAUCCUCCCAGCGGUUUAAAUAUGACAGAGACUCACAAAAGCAAGACGUCCAACAUCACUGAUUCUCUGGCUAACAAAUCCCUGCGUGUAUCCACCAUACUGGAGGAGCCAUAUGUGAUGUUUAAGAAGUCAGACAAGCCUCUAUAUGGGAACGAUCGCUUUGAGGGCUACUGUAUCGACCUGCUGAGGGAACUCUCCUCCAUCCUAGGCUUCCGCUAUGAGGUUCGAUUAGUUGAAGAUGGGAAGUACGGUGCGCUGGAUGAGAGCACAGGCCAGUGGAACGGCAUGGUGCGGGAGCUCAUGGACCACAAAGCAGACCUUGCAGUUGCUCCUCUGGCCAUCACUUACGUCAGAGAGAAGGUCAUCGACUUCUCCAAGCCCUUCAUGACGCUGGGGAUAAGUAUCCUGUACCGCAAGCCCAACGGCACCAAUCCUGGGGUCUUCUCCUUCCUCAACCCCCUCUCGCCUGAUAUCUGGAUGUAUAUUCUGCUGGCUUGCUUGGGUGUCAGUUGUGUGCUGUUUGUCAUAGCCAGGUUUAGUCCUUAUGAGUGGUACAACCCGCAUCCAUGCAACCCUGACUCAGAUGUAGUGGAAAACAAUUUUACGCUGCUCAAUAGUUUCUGGUUUGGAGUUGGGGCACUCAUGCAGCAAGGGUCAGAGCUCAUGCCUAAGGCCCUGUCGACUCGAAUAGUGGGAGGCAUCUGGUGGUUCUUCACCCUCAUCAUCAUUUCCUCCUAUACAGCCAAUUUGGCUGCUUUUCUCACUGUGGAGAGGAUGGAAUCGCCCAUAGAUUCAGCCGAUGACCUGGCCAAACAAACUAAAAUCCCAUAUGGGGUGGUGGAGGACGGUGCCACAAUGACAUUCUUCAAGAAGACAAAAAUCUCUACCUAUGACAAGAUGUGGGAGUUUAUGAACAGCAGGAGGCAAUCUGUGAUGGUAAAGAACGUGGAGGAAGGCAUCCAGCGUGUCCUUACCUCAGAUUAUGCCUUCCUCAUGGAGUCCACUACCAUUGAGUUUGUCACCCAGCGCAACUGCAACCUCACGCAGAUUGGAGGCCUCAUAGAUUCCAGAGCCUACGGCGUGGGAACACCUAUGGGAUCUCCAUACAGAGACAAGAUCACGAUAGCUAUUCUGCAGCUGCAAGAGGAAGGCAAGCUGCACAUGAUGAAGGAGAAGUGGUGGAGAGGCAACGGGUGUCCCGAGGAGGAGAGCAAAGAGGCCAGCGCUCUGGGAGUACAGAACAUCGGUGGGAUCUUCAUCGUGCUGGCUGCGGGACUUGUGCUGUCAGUGUUUGUGGCUGUGGGGGAGGUCCUUUACAAGUCUAAGCAGAACGCCCAGCUGGAAAAGCGAUCAUUCUGCAGUGCCAUGAUGGACGAGCUGCGCGUGUCUCUAAAGUGCCAACGCCGUCUCAAACAAAAGCCUCAGCCACCUGUCAUCGUUAAGACAGAGGAGGUUAUUAACAUGCACACGUUUAACGACAGGAGACUCCCAGGAAAGGAAACCAUGGCAUGAACACUGAAUACACCUGGACUACACCCCUCAGUAAAAACCACGAGUGGGGAGACAGGGUUGAAUUAAUGCUGGCUUAGUUACAGACUGAGUUUAGCAGGGGGGGGGACAAAAAUUUAAAAAAAAUACAAAGAAACAAACAGGAUUCCUUUCGAACCCACUUGCUUAUGUAGACAGAUGUUUCCUGUGGAAAUAUAGAUACCUGAGCAGUGUCACCUCACUGUGACAUUCACUUUUUGAAGGGAGAUGUAAUCGAAGGACUUACUUACGGGUUUGGUUGGUGAUAUAUGUAAAAUGACAGAAGAGCCGAGCAAUUUUAUGACACAACAUUUGACUAGUCCACAGUAGAAGUGGACUUAAACAUACGCAUACACACAAAAAAAACUAAUGAAAAAAAAUGUAUGCACACACACUGACACACACUGACACACACACACUCUCAUCUGACACACUUGACAACUGUGCAGAAGGGAAAACUAUUGUGACACUUACACCAGAUGUAGUUUUUCUGUUGAUGUCAAUACCCUUUCGUCUUACCUCCAUGUGUGUGUGACCCGAUCGGUCCCCUCUCCUCGGUGGCUUGAGUUUCUCUCAGAUAAUUUGAACAAACACUAAUCUUACACCAACAAAGGGAACAGUAGUCAGUGCCAAAUGGUUUGUUAUGAACUGAUGUAUAAAAGUGAUAUUUAGUUUUGAGAACCAUCUAUGCCGACUUUGUCAAAUAUCCAUCGUUUUCUUCUAUAAUGCCUUUCUCGUGCCAAAGUUCUGCCAUUGUAAAGAACUUUCUGCCAUGCCUAUUAUUAUGUUCAAAGCCUCUACAAGAAAUGUAUACUGUCAGAGUCCUUAUCCAUGUCGGUCCUUGCGCACAGUCUGCAGUUUUCACUCUGUAUCAGUUGUUGUUUAAAAUGCAGGAUUUCUACAAAAAUGUUUGUUUUUGUACAAGAACAAAAAGUUUUGUAGUACUUUGUAUCAUGGUAGCCCCUUCUGUGGACAAAAUAUGUAGCAGAUACCAACUCAGCCCUCAAACUCUGACAACUGGUGGCUAUGGGGCUUCAAACUCUGCUGUGUAGGGUUCAUCAUUCUCAUCUUUCAGAGAUUCAGUCUUUUGUCUUGCCAGUCUCACGGGGCCAGCUGUAUAUACUAUCUGGAGACGAUGUAGUGGAUUUUGGCAGGUAAGAAACAAUAAAACCAGAAAAUGCAACCGU